AUGGGUGCGAGGUGGGCGCGCGGCGCGGCGCUGGCGAUGGUGUGGUGCGCGUGCGCAGCGCGUCCAUCCGGCCCGCCCGCGCCGCACGCCUCGCCUGCGCCCGCGACUGUCUGCGAACCCCUACUACUAAAGAAUACACCACCCUAUCCACCGAAUGCCCGCGAAUACGAGGCGAUGGUAGUUCAGACUGCCCGAGCAUUGUCUGAGUUAGUGGAGCAGGGCGUGGCGGAUGAGCCGCGGGCGGCGGCGUUAGCUCGGGCUGCAGCAAGAACUCCGAUCCACCCGCCUCCUGCAGCGGUUGCACUCGGGGCUCCUCAACUACACCUAGGAGUACUUUUCAUUUCAGACCCUCCAAGGCUUAUUGUGUUUCAACAGAACAAUUCGGCUACCCUUCAACAGUUCUGGCGUACUUUAGCUUCUCCAUGGAAUGCUAGUCUGAUUCUGUGGUCCAAUGCUUGGUUCUCUUGUGAGGGCGGUCCAAGCUGGUGGGGUGGUACGGCUGCUGCAAGAGGUAUAGGUGCAGCACGAGCAGCUGCUGCACUGUUCCGAAAGAUUCCCUCACUGCCAUGCGAAGAAGCAAUGUACGAUUGGUUCGGAGGACCACCCUUAUGUGAUCCAUUAACAACAGAUUGUGAAGCUUCCCCAGUUGAAUAUGAAGACAGAAAACUUGAGUAUCGGUGCAAAUGUUCAUCGGGACACUGGCACAAGGAAGGCAGCGGAUGGUUAAGUGCUUCUUCAAUAGCUGAAGAUGGCCAGUUAAAUUGUACCCCCUGCGGACUGGGCAGCAAUCCAGCCGCCUGCCUCGCAGACACCUACAAAGCCUCGUUACUUGCCGCUAAUCUUGCCGGAAUGCUGCUCUGUCUUGUAAUAGCGUUCAUCAUAUUCAAGAAAAGAAAAAGCAAAGCAGUGGCGAUGGGCAUGUGGACGGUACUAGAGGUCGUACUCCUUGGGGCAAUGCUAAUAUAUGCAUCUGCAGCAUCGCAAUACAUAUCAGCGGCGCGUUGGCGAUGUGUCUCAGGCGCCUGGAUGAGAGAGUUGGGUUUCGUAGCGUGCUAUGGAUCCGUAGUGCUUCGACUUUGGGUACUGCUGGCAGAAUUCAGAACAAGGAAAGCUCACCGCUGGACGCCAAGGGACGCAGAGGUUCUACGAGUAGUGGCUGCCAUGUUACUAGGCGCUGUUUGCUACCUCUCUGCGUUCACAGCGACGGCCGCAUGUGAUGAUGAUGCAAGCGGGUGUGCGUUGGCCUCCUGGCACCACGUCACCGCCGCAGCUGAGCUCAUGUUACUGAUUGCUGGUCUGAGGAUAGCUUAUGCUGCUAGGAACGCUAAUGUACCGUUCCAGGAACGCAGUUGGUUGACGGCGUCUUUAUGGACUGAGGGUGUAUGCGUUUUAUGUUGGCGAGCCGCGGCUUUGGCGGGGGCAGCUCCAGAGCGAUCUCCACUAGCAGCUGCCAUUCGUGCUCAUCUUUCUGCAGGCACCGCUCUGGCUUGCGUGUUAGCUCCAAGACUCUGGCACGGUUAUCGGACCAGAUCACUUGCUCAAGAGGUAUCCCGUCGUGGUCCAGCAGAAGGUUUCGCAGAAGGCGAGGAGGAGCCAACCUCGGAGGAGGUCCGGGCUGAGUUGAAGCGGCUGUACAUUCAACUUGAAAUACUACGCAAUAAGACACUGAGGCGAGACAAUCCGCACAUCAGCAAACGUCGAGGGGGUCGGAAGCCACCGCACAGGCGGUUCUCAUUACAGAAAAAAGGCAGUCGUGAAAAGGCACUUCAAGCACGUCGUGGAGGGAAGAAUAAAGCGAGCACUGUGGAAGCAAGUGAGGCUGGAGAUGCGAGUCGUACGCCAGAAGACUCAGUCUGUUCCGCCGAGGGACCCUCACAUUACACGGACGCCGACACACAAGCGUGA